GUCAAUGAACAGGCUGGAUACACACUGGGAGAUCAGAGUGGCUGUGAGCUGAUGGACACCAUAAAGGACACAGAAUCAGGUGAGGUGGGCAAAGAUGAAGUCAUUGCAAAGCAGGAGAAAAAUAAUGAAAAUUGCCUUCAGGUUACUGAUGAUAAGUUAUCCGAGUCAACAAAAGAUGAUGGUGAAGAUGACACCAAUGAUGAAAAUAAUGAAGACAGUGGCCCAAAAAAGGAUACUCGUGCCCCAUUAGAGUUAAUGGCAGAAUUCCUGAGAGCAGAAAUGAGCCAAGACUACCAUUUGGCUAAAAAAUUAUGUCAGAUGAUCCUAAUCUAUGAACCAGAAAAUCCUGAGGCCAAGGAGUUCUUAUCACUUAUUGAAGAAAUGUUGCUGAUGGAGAAAGCUCAAAAUCGUGAGGAAGAUGAGGAAGAUAGUGAAGAAGACAGUAGCGGGGAGAGUGAAGGAGAAAGCAGUGAGGAGCCGAGUGAAGAAAGCUCUGAUGAAUGUGAAGACGGGUGAUGAAAGGUGCUACUAUGGUUUAAUCUUCAUAUAUUUUCAUUACUGUAUAGCAUGGAAAUAUAAAGAAGAGAACUGCA